GGAGGCCGGAAGUUGCCCCCAGCCACUCGCCGUUUCAAAAUGCCGCUGAGGCCUUAGGGCCUGUGAGUGACGCCCCCUCCCCCCGGGGCUCGGCGGGGGAGCGACUCAUGGAGCGGCCGUAAGGAUCUGAAAUAAAAAGUGAUCAGAAGGGUAACAGGAACCUCAGCAUGGGUAUAUUGCAGUUGUACUCUGAUAUUUAUCAACGGACUGCAAUAUUUUCACUGCCAAAAUGACGUCAUUUUCCACCUCUGCACAGUGUUCAACAUCUGACAGUGCUUGCAGGAUCUCUCCAGAACAAACCAACCAGGUACGACCAAAACUGCCACUUUUGAAGAUUUUGCAGGCAGCAGGUGCACAAGGUGAAAUGUUCACUGUUAAAGAGGUCAUGCACUACCUGGGCCAGUAUAUAAUGGUGAAGCAGCUGUAUGACCAGCAGGAGCAGCACAUGGUGUAUUGUGGUGGAGACCUCUUGGGGGAACUGCUAGGUCGUCAGAGCUUCUCCGUGAAAGAUCCAAGCCCUCUCUAUGAUAUGCUAAGAAAGAAUCUUGUCACUUUAGCUACUGCUACUACAGAUGCUGCUCAGACUCUCGCUCUCGCACAGGAUCACAGUAUGGAUAUUCCAGGUCAAGACCAGCUGAAGCAAAGUGUAGAGGAAAGUUCCAACUCCAGGAAAAGAACUGAAGAAGGCAAUAUUCCCACGCUGCCUACCUCACAGCAUAAGUGCAGAAAUUCUAGAGAAGAUAAAGACUUGUUAGAAAAUUUAACCCAAGAUGCGACAUCAAGGCUGGAUCUUGGGCUUGAGGAGUGGGAUGUAGCUGGCUUGCCUUGGUGGUUUUUAGGAAACUUGAGAAACAACUAUACACCUAGAAGUAAUGGCUCGACUGAUUUACAGACGAAUCAGGAUGUAGGUACUGCCGUUGUUUCAGACACCACAGAUGACUUGUGGUUUUUGAAUGAGUCGGUAUCAGAGCAGUUCGGCGUUGGAAUAAAAGUUGAAGCUGCCGAUACGGAACAAACAAGUGAAGAAAUAGGGAAGGUGAGAGACAAAAAGGUGAUUGAAGUGGGGAAAAAUGAUGACCUUGAGGACUCCAAGUCCAUAAGUGAUGAGACUGAUGUAGAAGUUACCUCUGAGGACGAGUGGCAGUGUACUGAGUGCAAGAAAUUUAACUCUCCAAGCAAGAGGUACUGCUUUCGUUGCUGGGCCUUGAGGAAGGAUUGGUAUUCAGAUUGCUCUAAGUUAACCCAUUCUCUCUCCACAUCUGAUAUCACUGCCAUACCGGAAAAGCAGGAGAGUGAAGGAAUUGAUGUCCCUGACUGCAGAAGAACCAUAUCGGCCCCAGUUGUUCGACCUAAAGAUACAUACGUAAAGGAAGAAAACCCCAAACUUUUUGAUCCGUGCAACUCGGUGGAAUUCUUGGAUUUGGCUCACAGUUCUGAAAGCCAAGAGACCGUAUCAAGCAUGGGAGAACAACCAGAUAACCUUUUUGAACAGAGGACAGACACAGAAAACACAGAGGAUUGCCAGAAUCUCUUGAAGCCGUGUAGUCUGUGUGAGAAAAGACCACGAGACGGAAACAUCAUUCAUGGGAGGACAGGCCAUCUUGUCACUUGUUUUCAUUGUGCCCGGAGGUUAAAGAAGUCCGGGGCUUCGUGUCCGAUUUGCAAGAAGGAGAUUCAGCUGGUUAUUAAGGAAGUAGUAGAAAAUGUUUUGAAGGAGGAGUGAGAUGUUUCUGACUUCCUCAGCACUUGGUGAGGUAAAUGUCUUACGUAGCCCCUGAGUAGGACUCCUAGCCUGGAGCUCGGCGCUGUGAAGCGCCUGGUGGGUGGAGAUGAGGAGUAAGUAAGAUGAUUCCACCAUCUUGAGCCCCAGUCUUGACUUUAAGCCUCAGUUUUUCUCGUCUGCGAAGUAAGUGCUCGUACUACCCUUUCUACCUCAUAGUUUGUUGUCGGAAUUAAGUGUCAGAGAGAACCUUAGCCUCUCAUUGCCCUGCAGAAUAUAUUAGAAGUUGCAGUUUUGGUAGACAGAGCUCUGGGGUGAAUAUUCAGAAUAUCCCACAUCAGGGAGCUGAGCGCCAGCACCGCUCUGUGUCUGUGUCACAGGGCCACGUUGAGUCCUUUUGCCCACACCUCUCGCUGAGCUGUCCUUCCCUGGGCGUGAGGCUCUCGUCUAGAAGGGCUCGCCUCUGGGUUCUGAGAGAAGUGUGCGUGUCAGUUUGGUGGUAGCUACAGCUGCCUUGCUGUGGUCUUGAUACACAAAAAUUCUCAGUCCUACAUGCACUUGACUAGGUGGCAUCAAAUGCGCCGUCAGUAUCCAGGAAACAUGCGGCUUUCCUGAUUAGGUAGUCACAGUCAGCAGGAGAAGUGAGUGUGGUUUCAUAGAACGGGAAGGAAAAGGCAGUUUAGGAUAACUUUGACCAGUUCACCAGGUGAGGAGCGGAUUCAGUUCUUGCCUGAUCUUUCUAAGCACAUCGAGGGUAAUAGCUCCGUUAGCUUUUGAGGGUUUGCACUAUGCGAUGCUUUUAAUACCUGUUGAUUCUGUUGUGCUCUUUUGUGUAUUAAAUAUUUUUCAUUUUGCUGUUUUGUGGUGUCAUUAUUGGGCAAAUAUGUACUUGUGUUUGUAUACAGCAAAAUCUUGUUUUCUGUCUUCAUGUAUUGUCUUUGGUCUGACUUAGGGAUGAAGAGAGUGGCUUUUGCAAUAGAAGUUAUUGGACUUCAAAUCAACAGCAACUAAAAA